AUAUUUUAAUACUAUUUUAAUUUUUUUAAAAAGAACUUAUUGCCCAAAAAACACCCAAAGCCAUCAAUCAGGUUUGCUUAUUUCUCAAUUUUUUCAUCUGGGUCUGCUUCAUUACUCACUAAUAAGUGGUCUCAGUUCUUCGAGUCUCUCGGAAGCAAAUCGUUGAACAGUUAAUGGGGUCUAUUGGGUCUCUUACCAUGGAAAGUUCAGUUCUUGUCCAUAAUGGGAAUCACGGGCGUCCGAGGUUACCUUUGUUUGCUUAUCGGCUGAGGAGCUCUCUUGAUUCUGCGGAUUCGAAUGUUUCGGCAUUUGGGUAUGCGAAAGUUUUGUUUAAAGAUGUUGCUGGGGCGUCUUUGUGCUAUGCGAGAUUGAUGAGCGGAUGUAGAGAAACACGGCGGCGAAGCAUGAAGCGUUUGAAAGCAACAGAGAAGGGGCCUGGGGAAGGUGAGGAUGGGGACGAACCAGUGGAUACUCUUCAGGCCGCAAUUGGAAAGAGCAAGAAGGCUCUAGCCAUGCAAAGAGACUUAAUGCAACAGAUUGCUGAAAGAAGGAAACUAGUUUCAUCUAUAAAAAGUAGUAUUAUUAACCUAGAAAGCGAUGAAGUUUAUACUACUUCAGAUGGUGGUAAAGAUACUAAUGAAGAUUACACUAGUAGUGUUUCAUCAAGCAGCAAUGUGAACUCAACAGUAGAUAAUGCACUGGAAACCCUACCUCCAGCUAUUAGUCAAGAUCUUGGUAAAGGUACAAAGGAACCUGAAAAUGACUGUGGGCUUGGAGAUGUUGCUGGAGCAUUACCAAAGGCUUUGGCUCAGCGUGGACACAGGGUUAUGGUUGUGGCACCUUGGUAUGGUAAUUAUGCUGAACCUCAAGAUACAGGUGUUAGGAAAAUGUAUAGGGUGGAUGGGCAGGAUAUGGAGGUGAUCUACUUCCAAGCCUAUAUUGAUGGUGUAGAUUUUGUUUUUAUUGACAGUCCUGUGUUUCGGCAUAUUGAAAAUAAUAUAUAUGGAGGAAACCGUGUGGACAUUUUAAAACGUAUGGUUUUAUUUUGCAAAGCAGCUGUUGAGGUUCCUUGGCAUGUUCCAUGUGGUGGGGUCUGCUAUGGAGAUGGAAAUUUGGUUUUCGUUGCCAAUGAUUGGCACACUGCAUUGUUACCAGUUUAUUUAAAGGCAUACUAUCGUGACCAUGGAUUAAUGAAGUAUACGAGGUCCAUCAUUGUGAUUCAUAAUAUAGCCCACCAGGGUCGCGGUCCGGUGGAUGAUUUUUCCUACGUUGAUCUUCCACUGCACUACGUGGACCUUUUUAAACUGUAUGAUCCAGUAGGAGGUGAGCACUUCAAUAUCUUUGCAGCUGGUCUAAAGACAGCUGACCGUAUUGUUACAGUGAGUAAUGGGUAUGCUCAGGAGGUGAAAACUUCUGAAGGUGGUUGGGGUCUGCAUGGGAUAAUUAAUGAGAACGACUGGAAAUUAAAGGGGAUUGUGAAUGGCAUUGAUACAAAAGAGUGGAACCCACAAUUCGAUGUUCACUUGAAAUCCGAUGGUUAUACUAAUUACUCCCUCGAGACCCUUCAGAGCGGAAAGGCCCAGUGCAAGGCAGCAUUACAGAAGGAGCUUGGUUUGCCCAUUCAUGAUAAUGUCCCAUUAAUUGGUUUCAUAGGGAGGUUAGAUCACCAAAAAGGUGUCGAUCUAAUAGCCGAGGCAGUUCCUUGGAUGAUGGGUCAGGAUGUGCAGCUGAUCAUGUUGGGCUCGGGGAGGCCCGACCUUGAACGGAUGCUCAGGCAGUUCGAGUCUCAACAUCAUGACAAAAUCCGGGGAUGGGUCGGAUUCUCCAUAAAGACUGCUCAUCGGAUAACUGCGGGUUCCGACAUUUUACUGAUGCCAUCGAGAUUUGAGCCCUGUGGACUGAACCAGCUCUAUGCAAUGAGCUAUGGGACUGUUCCCGUCGUUCAUGCCGUGGGUGGACUAAGAGAUACAGUGCAGCCUUUUGAUCCUUAUAAUGAGUCGGGGCUUGGGUGGACAUAUGAUAGGGCUGAGAAAGAUAAGCUAAUUCACGCAUUGGGGAACUGCUUACUGACAUACCGGGAGUACAAGAAGAGUUGGGAGGGGGUACGGAGGCGUGGAAUGAUGCAAGAUCUUAGUUGGGAUCAUGCUGCUGAGAUAUAUGAAGAUGUCCUUGUAGCUGCCAAGUACCACUGGUGAAGGAAAGAAACAGCAAUAGUUGAUUGCUGGGUAAAUAUUGUCAGAACGUUACUUUCACUGUUUUUUUCCCAGGCUAGUAAAUCGACAAGUCUGUCCGGGUUCUUUUCGACCACUGACUAUCUUGUCAUACAAUUCUAGAGGAAUGAAGCCCUGCCACAAUUCAACUACUGUCGUCUUUUUUCUUUUUAUUUUUUUAAUAAAGAGAUCAUGCAGAGGGCUAACUGUGCACUUGGUGGACUGGUAGACUUGUAGUUUGUUAUCAUUUAUAUUGACUGAAAUGUCACAUCCUAUGUACAAGAUCAUAAUUGAAAAUCCUUCACUGAUGACCCUCCAAACAAAAUUUUGCACUGAUA